AUGGCUGGUGUUGACCACGCCUAUCAGUACUCUGUGGAAGUGAAGAGCAGGUUCUCACUGUUCCUGGACGACACUCUGAAUAGUGAAGACCCGGAUAUCCUGCUAUCCAAGUUGCAGAGUAAACGAAGUGAAAAGACUAAAAAGGAUAAGUCACAUGUGCAACAGCAACAUGUGGCACCUGCAAAGGUCGACACGACAACUAAGAGUGAGGUGAAGGUUGAGACUGCAGCUCCGAAAGUUGGUUCUCGAGUGUCGAAAACCACCAACGUCACAGAGCCGCCACCAGUGCCACCUGAAGACGCACAAAUCACAUCCGCAAAGGGGACAGAUGAAUCAAUUAGUGCCUUUGUGCGUGGUCGUGGUUCAGGUAGAGGAACACCUCGAGGGAUGCGUGUAGGCAGAGGACAAGGGCCUCGAAUGGCUCCGACAGAAGCACCUCAAGAUUCGGUGAGUGAUUUGAAUGCUACCAGGGGCCCAAGACAAUAUGGUCGAAGAGAUGGAAAUUGGAAUGCUCAGGAUGUUGAUGGUCAAACAAUGCCUGAGAGUGGUGACUCGGAGCAAGUUGUGCGUUUCGCAGACGAUCGUAACGAGGUCGAGGACCAGUCAGAGCAUGCCACAGCGGAGAAUGAGGAGGGUGUGGUUGCCAACGCAGAAACCACAGUUGAGGAAGAACCAAAAAGCUACACAUUGGAAGAAUACAAGGCCAUGCGCCAGUCUUCCAAACCAGCCAUCUUACUGAACAGCAAAGGUCUACGCAAAGCUAAUGAUGGCAAAGAUGUGUUUGCAAACAUGGUGGCUCACAGAAAAAUACAGGAGGUCCACGAGGAUAUCUACGAGGUGGAGGAAAAGGAAAACGAGCCUGAGGAGCAUCAGUCGAUCGACAUUGAUUUUUCUUUCGCUGACAACUUUGGAAGCCGUAGAAGAGGUGGGCGAGGAUUUGAAAGCAGAGGGUUCGAUCGUGGGCGUGGUGUUACACGCGGUGCGGGACCAAGAAGUGAACGUGGGAGUCGAGGAAGAGGUCAGAUGAGGAGUGACGGGCGAGGUCGUGGUUUCGGCCGUGUUCUGCCUAUUAACGAUCACAUUCCACCUCCAGCAAUUUACAACGACCAGGAGUUUCCUUCCUUGAAGUGA